GUUUAGAUUUUGACAGAAUUAGUAUGAACGCUUUGGAAAAAUGAAUCCUCUGGAGAAAAUUCAUGUUUUAGAUGAUAUAGAAAAGGAAAUUAUCCUAUGUCUUCAAAGUGCUGGACAAGCUUUACAGGAGCUUAGCAAGGAGAAAUCAUCGCAAAAAAAUGCCGAAACACAGACUGCCCAAUUUCUUAAAUCUUUGCAAAAUGUCGAGAUGAAAUUAAGCGAGCAGAUCAACUAUUUGACACAAGUAUCUACAGGGCAACCCCAUGAAGGCUCCGGCUAUGCUUCGGCCAAAGUUCUUCAAAUGGCCUGGCAUCGCAUAUCACAUGUACGCUCAAGAGUACGGGAGUUGGAGGAAACCAAGGCAAAAUAUACACAUGCAGCUAGACAACAACAGCAACAACGCCAGCAGCAGCAUGCGGCCGCUGCCGCACUUCAGCAACAACAGCAGCAGCAACAAAUGGUUCAACAGCAAACGCUACAACAAGACCCAAACAUUGGUGGGAGUAAUGCAAAUCCAAGUGGAGGUUUAAUGUCACAGGAUGUUAAUAUGAAUCAAGGAGGAGGAAAUUAAACAGUUUUUAUAAUUUA